GUAUCGUGUGAUAGUGUGGGUUUCGCCUUCUCGUGUUCGUCUUGGCAUGCAUUCUAAAACGGCAUUACAUUCAUGACACAGGGUAUUCACACGGUCUAAAUAUAGGCUAACUUUCGAAAUACUGACGGAUAUACCGUAGAACGCAAGGAGAGAUCCAAAUGGAUUUCUUUUUGAAUGCAAUGUUCCGAGUGGUUUGACAGAACGGAAAUUUGAAGAGCAGAAUUUCGACGUUGGCCUACUAAUGUGUCAAACACUUGAUUCUGGUAACCUCGUUGCCUGGCGUUAAAAGUCUGCUGAAGUUAUUAGCAACAUUCAAAGAAGCGCGGAAUGAUCUUUCUCCAGAAGUGAGUCCAGGGAGUCGAUUACGGACAAACACAAAUUACUGCAAACAAAAAAGCAGGGCAAAACGCAACGAAAAUUAUUCACCGCAUUUACGCGUGGAAUUUUCGGAAAGGUCGGAAAAGUGUUCAUGUAAAACAUUGAAACAGCGGAAGGAUGAGUUUGCUAUUACUUUCGACUUUCUUGCUCAGUAUUGUAUGCGUGCCCGGGGCCCUGGCUGGCUGUGCGGAGGUGGUCUCCAUGACUGAGGCAGUGGCUGGACAGGGCUUCCUCCUGGGUUGCAUCUCCUGUAAGAGGAGGGAAGAGGUCCCUGCAUCCACCAGCGUGGACUGGUUCUUCAAACCCCUGGAAGCGGAGGACUUCUACCAGAUCUUCCACUACGAGCACCCCACCUCCACCGUCUUGCACGAGGACUUUGAGGAGCGUCUGGAGUGGCACGGUACGAAGGGGACCACUGACGUGCAGAUCGGGGCCCUCUGGCUGAGCAACGUCACCUACAACGACACGGGCACGUACCGCUGCUCCUUCGAGCGCAUCCUGGAACUGUCGGACAAGGAGAGGCCCGAAGAGAAGGUCCUGAUCCACAAGGAGGUGGAGCUCACAGUGGUGGCUGAAGCCAAUCGGGAGCUGGUGUCGGUGAUUGCGGAGGUGAUGAUGUACGUGCUGAUCGUGGUGCUGCAGCUGUGGCUGAUCGGCGUGCUGGUGCACUGCUACAGGAAGAUCUGGGCCGAGCGCGAGGCCUUCGCCGCCCGCCGGGCGCUGCGCCAUCCAGCGAUUCCAGACUCCAAAGACAACUGUGAUGGGGUUCUUUUGGAAUAACGCACUUCCGAUGAUCAACCUGUAAAAGCAAUUGUCAAGACAAGGGAUAAACUACUAUUUUAAGUGUUUUAAUGAAGAAAUGCCACGGUCUCGACUCAUUAUUGUCAAAAGAAAUGCUACAAUUGUAGUGGCACAGGGCAAAAAAAAAGUAUAGUGAUGAGAAAUGUACUUGCUAACUUGCGAGUGUAAGCAAAAUCAUUUAUAACUGCGACAAGCUUCCAGAUUGCAAGGCAGUAACUAGCCAAUCAGAGUUCACAAAAUGUAACAUAUCACCGAAGGUCAGGUAUUUCCAUGGGUAUGCAUAGCUAAAAACGUGUCAAGUGUAAAUGGUGUAAGAUUAGCAUGGGUUAUCUAGGUACAUAUAGGGUGUAUACAGGGUCGUGGUUCAAUUGUGUUCUAAAAUCUGCAUUCAGAAAUCAUUUAAAACAGACAAGUGAACAGAUGGCCACUCCCUGAGAGCAAAUAAGGAGAGCAAAUUAACAUUUCCCAUGAUGCUCAAGCAGGAUUUUAAUUAAUUUGUGGAAUUUGGGUGAAUUUCCUGAACUGGCUGAUGGGAGUGGGUAACAUGCGCAUGUUUGUUGCUGCAGUGUUGGCCAUCUUAGGAAGUACAGGACUGCAGCAAUCAAUGUCUCAGUACACACAGGAAAACUACAGUGGUCAGCUUAUUACAGGUUACUUUUAAGAUGCAAUAUGUUGCUUUGGAAAUGACAUGCACUUUGUCGGGUGGACGACAGUGUUAAAUCUGCUAGAUGAUGAUUGUAUGCUACUGUGAAUGAAAUAAUGAAUUACCUGCCAUAACAGUUCAAAUAAAUGACACAGCA